AUGAGCGACGGACUGUUGGAGCAGGACCCCGGGUGGCAGUACCUGCGCCAGAGUGCCGAACAGGCGUUGGCCGCGUCGACGAAGAAAUUCGACUCGAAGAAGAAUGUGUGGAUCGCCGACGCAGAGGAGGGGUUCAUCACCGCCGAGAUCAAGACGACGAAGGGCGACAUCCUCACCGUCGUCACGGCCAACGGGGCCGAGAAAACGCUGAAGAAGGACGACAUUCAGCAGAUGAACCCGCCGAAAUACGAGAAGACCGAGGACAUGGCCAACCUGACGUUCCUCAACGACGCGUCGGUACUGAACAACCUGCGCCAGCGCUAUUAUGCCAUGAUGAUCUAUACCUACUCCGGCCUCUUCUGCGUCGUCAUCAACCCGUACAAGCGGCUGCCCAUCUACUCGGAGUCGGUGUGCAAGAUGUACAUUGGGAAGCGGAGGAACGAGAUGCCACCCCAUCUCUUUGCCGUGUCUGACGAGGCCUAUCGCAAUAUGACAAACGAUCGCGAAAACCAGUCGAUGCUGAUCACCGGAGAAUCGGGCGCCGGAAAAACCGAGAACACCAAGAAGGUCAUCUCGUAUUUUGCGUACGUCGGCGCCAGCCAGAGCUCCGCCCCGAAAAACAAGGACAAGAAGAACGCGUCGCUGGAGGACCAGAUCGUGCAGACGAACCCGGUGUUGGAGGCGUUCGGAAACGCCAAAACGGUGCGCAACAACAACUCAUCCCGCUUCGGCAAGUUCAUCCGCAUCCACUUCAACACGGCCGGCAAGCUGGCCGGCGCCGACAUUGAGCACUACUUGCUGGAAAAGUCGCGUGUCAUCAAGCAAGCACCAGGAGAGCGCUGCUACCACAUCUUCUACCAGCUGUACUCCGAUGGGGUGUCCGGUACCAGGGAUAAGCUUCUUCUGAAGAGGCCGCUGAAGGACUACCACUUUGUCGCCCAGGCCGAGCUGACCAUCGAGGGGGUCGACGACAAGGAGGAGAUGAUGCUCACGGAUGAAGCCUUCGACAUCAUGAAGUUCACCCAAACCGAGAAGGACCAACUUUUCGCAGUGACUGCAGGCCUGAUGCACAUGGGCGAGAUGAAAUUUAAGCAGCGCCCGCGCGAGGAGCAGGCCGAGGUCGAGGACUGCAGCGAGGGUGAGCUGGCCUGCAAGCUGUACGACUGCGACUUUGAGAAGUUUGUGCAGGCGCUGCUCAAGCCGCGCGUCAAGGUCGGCACCGAGUGGGUGAACAAGGGGCAGAACUUGGAGCAGGUCAACUGGGCCAUUGGGGCCCUGGCCAAGGCGCUGUACGCUCGCAUGUUCGCCUGGCUUAUUACGCGGUGCAACAAAACCCUGGAUGCCCACGAGCUGGCCCGCGAUCAUUUCAUCGGAGUGCUCGAUAUUGCUGGAUUUGAGAUUUUUGAUCUGAACUCCUUCGAGCAGCUGUGGAUCAACUUUGUGAACGAGAAGCUCCAGCAGUUCUUCAACCACCACAUGUUCGUCCUCGAGCAGGAGGAGUACCAGCGCGAGGGCAUCAAGUGGGAAUUCAUCGACUUUGGGCUUGACCUUCAGGCUUGCAUCGAGCUGAUCGAAAAGCCUCUCGGCAUCAUUUCGAUGCUUGACGAGGAGUGCAUCGUCCCGAAGGCCACCGACAUGACCUUGGCGCAGAAGCUGAACGACCAGCACCUCGGCAAACACCCCAACUUCCAGAAGCCGAAGCCGCCGAAGGGAAAACAGUCUGAAGCACACCUGGCCAUCGUCCACUACGCCGGCACCGUGCGCUACAACGUCAAGGCGUGGCUGGAGAAGAACAAGGACCCGCUGAACGACACCGCCGUCACCGUCCUCAAGGCCAACAAGGGCAACGAGCUGAUGAGGGAACUCUGGGCCAACUACGACACCCAGGAGGACAUCGCCAACGCGGCGAAGGACGGCAAGAAGGCCGCGCCCGGGAAGAAGAAGGCUAGGCAAAUCGGCCUCGUUCCAAACGGUCUCGAUGAUACGCACCCCCACUUCAUCCGCUGCAUCAUCCCCAACGAGCAGAAGAAGGCUGGCGUCAUCGACGCGAAUCUGGUGCUCAACCAGCUGACGUGCAACGGUGUGCUCGAAGGUAUCCGUAUCUGCCGCAAGGGAUUCCCCAACCGUAUGCCAUACCCCGAUUUCAAGCAGAGAUACGCCAUCCUUGCCGCUGACGCGGCUAAGAAUGCGCUUGAUGACGUCGCGGCUGGGAAGGGCAUCAGCGAGGAGCUGCUCAAGAAAGGUUCCCUCAAGCCGGAGGAGUUCCAGCUUGGUCAGACGAAGGUGUUCUUCAAGGCGGGCGUGUUGGCCCACCUGGAAGAGCUGCGCGACGAGGCGCUGAGCGUCAUCAUGACCAAGUUCCAGUGCGCCUGCCGGCACUAUUUGGCCCAAUGCGAGUACAAGCGGAAGCUCGAUCAAAAGGUCGGCCUCAUCGUCGUGCAGCGCAACGUGCGCGCCUGGUGCACGCUGCGCAGCUGGAAGUGGUUCUCGCUGUUCUCCCGCGUCAAGCCGCUGAUCAAGGGCAACAAGAAGGACGAGGAGUUCGAGGCGCGCGAGAAGAGAUGCAAGGAGCUGGAGGAAAGCUACGCCAAGGAGGAGCGCUCCCGCAAAGAUCUCGAAGCCGAUCUGGCGCGUAUGCAAAGCGAGAAACAGGCCCUGGCCAUGCAGCUCGAGCAGGAGCGCGACACCUCGGCCGAAGGGGAGGAGCGAUCGGCAAAGUUGCUGGCCCUCAAGGCAGAUUUGGAGAAGAAGAACGCCGACCUGAACGACCAGCUAGCUGACCAGGAGGACAAGUACAAUGCGUUGCAAAAGACGAAGAAGAAGGUCGAAGGCGACAACGACAAUCUGAAAAAGAACGUCCAAGACCUGGAGACGACCAUAAAAAAGCAGGAAACGGAGAAGCAAGCCAAAGACCACCAGAUACGCUCCCUUCAAGACGACAUCGCUAGCCAGGAUGAGGUCAUUGCCAAGAUCACGAAGGAGCGGAAGCACCAGGAGGAGGUGAACCGGAAGCUGCUGGAGGACAUCCAGGCCGAGGAGGACAAGGUCAACCACCUCAACAAGACCAAGAGCAAGCUGGAGAGCGCACUCGAUGAGCUGGAGGACAAUUUGGAGCGUGAGCGCCGCCACCGCCAGGACAUCGAAAAGCAGCGCCGGAAGCUGGAGGGCGAAUUCAAGAUGGCCCAGGAGACGAUCGAGGAGCUGACCCGCCUUCGUCACGAGCAGGAGGCCGCCAUGAAGAAGAAGGACGUCGAGAUUCACAACAUUACGAACCGACUUGAGGACGAGCAGAGCUUGGUUAACAAGCUCCAGAAGCAGAUCAAGGAGCUGCUCGCCCGAAUCCAGGAGCUCGAGGAGGAGCUGGAAGCCGAACGCAACGCCCGCGCCAAAGCCGAGCGCGCCCGCGCCGAUAUGCAGCAAGAGCUCGAGGAGCUGGGCGACCGUCUCGACGAGGCUGGAGGAAACACCCAGGCCCAGAUGGAGCUCAACAAGAAGAGGGAGGCCGAGCUGCAGAAAUUGCGGCACGACGUCGAGGAAGCGAGUCUAGUGCAGGAGCAGGCAAUGGCCGGGCUCAGGAAGAAGCACCAGGACGCUGUGGCUGAACUCACCGAACAGCUCGAGACGCUGCAAAAGUGCAGGGCCAAGCUGGAGAAGGACAAGGCACAGAUUCAUAGGGAAGCCGAAGAGCUGCAAAACCAAGUCGACGUCGAGGGCAAGCACCGCCAGAACGCCGAGCGGCUCGCCAAGCAGCUGGAGGCUCAGCUGACCGAGCUGCAGCUCCGCAGCGAUGAGCAACAGCGCACCAACCAAGAGCUGCAAUCGCAAAAGUCGAGACUCCACACCGAGAACACCGAUUUGAACCGACAACUCGAAGAUGCCGAGUCGCAGCUGUCCCAGCUCAACCGCAUCAAGUCGCAGUUGAACAGCCAGCUGGAGGAGCUGAAGCGCCAGCUUGAGCAGGAGGCCCGUGAGCGCCAACAGGCGCAUAUUCAGGCGUCGAACUACCAGCUGGAGUGCCAGCAACUACGCGAGGCGCUCGAGGAGGAGCAAGACGGGAAGACCGAGCUGCAGAGACUCAUUUCAAAGGCCAACGCCGAAGCGCAGCAAUGGCGCGCCCGCUACGAGGGCGAGGGCAUGAACCGCGCCGAGGAGCUCGAGGAGGCACGUCGUCGCCUCCAGUCGAAGCUCAACGAGAUGCAGGAGUCCGUCGAAUCGCAUCAGCAGAAGAUCUCCACCCUCGAAAAAGUGCGCCAGCGCCUCACCCAGGAACUCGAAGAUGCCCAGGUCGACGCUGACCGCGCCAACUCCAUCGCCAGCUCGCUGGAGAAGAAGCAGAAGGGCUUCGAUAAGGUCAUCGACGAGUGGAAGCGGAAGUGUGAUGUCCUCGUUCACGAGCUCGACUCGGCCCAACGGGACCACAGGAACGCCAGCACCGAGGUGUUCCGGCUGAAGAGCCAGCUCGAGGAGGCCAACGAGCAGGUGGACGCCGUGCGACGUGAGAACAAGGGUAUGGCCCAGGAGCUGAAGGACAUUGCCGACCAGCUCGGAGAGGGUGGAAAGAGUGUACAUGAUCUGCAGAAGAUUCGCAGGAGGCUCGAGGUGGAGAAGGACGAGCUUCAGCAGGCCCUUGAUGAAGCCGAGACGGCGCUCGAGGCCGAGGAGAACAAGGUGAUCCGCGCCCAGGUCGAGCUCAGCCAAGUGCGCAACGAGAUCGAGAAGCGGCUGCAAGAGAAGGAAGAGGAAUUCGAAAACACGCGCAAAAACCACGCGCGUGCCCUCGAGUCGAUGCAGGCGAGCCUGGAGACGGAGAGCCGGGGCCGCACCGAGCUGCUGCGCACAAAGAAGAAGCUCGAGACGGACAUCAACGAGCUCGAGGUGGCGCUCGACCAUGCGAACAAGGCAAACGCCGACGCGCAGAAGACGAUCAAGCGCUACGGGGAGACGGUGAAGGACAUGCAGGUGCAGAUGGACGAGGAGCAGCGGGUGCGCGAGGAGCUCAAGGAUACGGCCCACAUCGCGGAGCGGAGGGCGCAGAUUUUGCAAGCUGAGAAGGAGGACCUCGUCAACGCAUAUGAGGGGGCGGAACGUGCCCGGCGGCAGAUCGAGCUCGAGAUCCACGAGAUCAAGGAGACGGCCUCCUCAUUUGCGUCCACGAAUGCAGCGCUCACGGCGCAUAAGCGGAAACUGGAGGGCGAGAUUCAGCAACUGCAAGCCGAGGUGGGCGAGGCGCUCGGGGAGCUGAAGGACGCCGAUGAUCGGCAGAAGAAGGCGAUGCAGGACGCCGCCAAGUUGGCCGAGGAGCUCCGCCAGGAACAAGAACAUUCCAACGCCAAUGAGCGCCAGCGGAAAGCUUUGGAGACUCAGGCCAAGGAGAUGCAGGGGCGGCUCGAGGAAGCGGAGGCGCACGCGAUGAAGGGCGGAAAGCGGAACAUCCAGAAGCUGCAGGACCGCGUCAGGGAGCUCGAGAUGGAGCUUGACUCGGAGGGACGCAGGCAUGGGGAGACGGCCAAAAACUAUCGGAACAAGGACAGACGGUGUCGCGAGCUGCAGUUCCAGGUCGAUGAGGACAAGAAGACAGCCGAGCGAAUGUACGACCUCGUCGAGAAGCUGCAGAACAAGAUCAAGACGUACAAGCGUCAAAUCGAGGAAGCCGAAGGCCUCGCCACCGCCAACCUCAACAAGUACCGCCAGCUGCAGCACCAGCUCGAGGACGCCCAGGAGCGGGCCGAGUCGGCGGAGAACAGCCUGCAAAAAAUCCGGAUCAAGAGCCGCUCAGGUUCCGUCGUCUUUGGGCGUGGCCUGUCGCAUUCGAUGUCGACGGCGGCGGUGACGCUGGGGCGCGGCGGUUCGCGCUCCAUCCUCGACGAGGAGUUUACCGGCGAGGAA